AUGAACGUGCCGCAGGGGGACCACCUUGAACCAAUCCAAGCCUUCCUACGCUGGGAGCUUUCUCCAGAGACCAUCCGCCAUGGAACCACUGGCCAAAAGAAUGAUGAGACUCGACCAUAUAUUACAGUCACCGCCUUAGAGGCAUACUUUGCAACUCCUGACAGCAUCAAGAGUGUUUUAGCUGCGUUGUUCACGGAAGGCAACCCACCUAAUGCAUACGAUGUAUGGUCCCGUUACCGACGUGUCCUGGCAAUCCUUUUGUCAAGCUCGAAUGGACGUAUGAUCGGACAAUUCGUCGGCCACCCAAGACUUCAAGAUCGUGGCCUACCGUUCGAGUCGGAGCCCCCCAAUUUCCCCAAAACGAGCAAAGGCAAUACUAUUUGGUCAUCCUUCUACAGGCAACAAUGGAAAUUUUGUCCCUACGACCUCCACUUCAACAUGACAGAUACAUUGGUCGACGAUUAUAUUCUUCCUUUCCAGGUUGAGGAGGCUCUCGGUCGGGGAGGCAGCGCACUGCAACACAUAAAGACAACUCGCCUGGAAACAUUACUAACCUUCGCUCAGGCUGACAAUCCUCAGCAAGCACCUACUUUUGCUUUGAAGACAUACCGAGGACGUGAGGCUGGAGAGUACUACACUGCAGAGCAAAGAGCCUUCGAAAGUGUCAACAGAGGGAAACAGCCGCCACAAAAUAUCAUUGGCUAUCAUGGGUCAUUCAGACGCAAAAACACAUACAACCUAAUACUCGAAUAUGCCAAUAAAGGAAACCUUGAAGACUUCAUGCGUCAAAACCCACCGCCAUCUACGGGUCAAGAGAUCAUUCUGCUUUGGGAACGACUUUUUGAAUUAUAUCUAGGGUUGGUGGUGAUUCAUCAUCCCGAACCAGGUCUGGACCAAGUCCAUGGAUACCAUCAGGAUAUUAAUCCAAAGAAUAUCCUAGUCAAAAGUCAAGGAGGUUCGACUAUCUACGACUGCAAAUUUGUUCUUGCCGACCUUGGGCUCAGCCAUUUCAAAGCAGUGGACCCUGCUGAGCCUGAUGCUACAGAUUGGGACAAUUUCGGAACACAUGCAUACGGGGCGCCAGAAACCUUUCGACUUCGUGGGCUCAAGUUAUCGAACCUCAACGUCAAAAGGCAGGUCGACAUUUGGUCUAUGGCUUGCGUUUUCAGCGAAAUAACAACGUGGAUAGGAAGUGGCUGGACGAUGGUCGAAGAGUACCGAUCUCGAAGACAACGGGAAAUCAAACGGAAGUGGAAUGAUCUCGAAGAUGGUGACAUGUUCCACGACGGAGAAAAGCUAUUGAACGCUGUUCGCGACAGCCACUCAAACUUUAUACAAUUCCGCCGGGAGAGUGAUUUCAUAACGCAGAGAGUCCUCCACGAAGUAAUUGUUGAUUGCUUCGAUAAAACUCCUGCGCACCGCUCGGAAGCACAAGCUUUGUGGGGGAGGGCACAGCGCAUUCUGGAGGAAGCCAGACUUAAUUUAAAGAACUGGCAUGGCUCGCACGCGCAAGAUCCUCCAAGCAUUACACGCUUGCAAGUAUUGAAGAAGCUACCUGAACUUGAGUCUCCGCCUUUCCGCGAACUACCGCCAACACACGAAGUCCUCGACCAUGAAGCUCCGCAGACGGCGCCUCCCGAAGAUCUUAGUAAAAACACCGGGCAGCGAGCUCCUCAGGAUAGGCACAGGACCCCGCCCAACCCUCCCAGAAUGUCUCUUGCGACCGUCAUUGAGUGGCGAAAAAAACGUAAGUUAAACAUCAAGGACGCGGAGUUACCGGAUGCAUACCUUCUUGAGGACUUGAGAAACCGAGAUCACGCUUUUCUCAUCGACAACUCUGCCUCCAUGUUUGAACACAAAAGAGAAGCAAAAAAGCUGCUUACCGCGAUCUCGUACUUGGUGAAGAACUAUGACCCUGAUGGUGUAGACCUCAUGUUCACACAAACCUCAGGAGGUUUAAGGUCAGAAAAAGGUACUACAAAGCUCUUUGAGAUGCUCGAGGAUACGCAAUUCAUGGGUAUUACUGAUAUGCAAUUAAAACUGGGUAAUAUUCUGAAUGCAUACAAAAGCAAGAUCACCGGUCAACAGAAUUCUAUGCUAGCGAGGAGAAAAAUCCUUGGAUCGCAAAAGGUGGCUCGACCUUUGAGCUUGUACAUCUUUACGGAUGGUGUCUGGCUGCCAGGCUCUGACGCCGAAGAACCAGUCAGAUCUAUGGUGGCGACGUUGAAGGAGCAUGGACUAAUGCAGAAACAAGUCGGCAUUCAAUUCAUUAGAUUCGGACACCACGUCGAAGCAAUACGCAUGCUCAAUCACUUAGAUAGCGAUCUUGAUCUUGGGAUCCAUUUGGUCGACACCGAACCCUCCGAUGGCAACAUCUGGAAGAUGCUGCUUGGCUCGAUCGACAUCUGGUUCGGCUACGAUCAGCUCCCGGUUGAUAAAAGCAGAGAAGUUUUCUUACAGCAGACUGAGCUGACCAACACCACUGUGCCAAAUGAACCAUACCUUACUCAAUUUCAUCAGCAUUCCCCAGAACCGGACAUUCCAACCCACGUCCGUAAUUACAUCAAGGUAGGCCAAGGACAGCAGGCGCUAUGGCGAGCGGAGGGGGUAGUGGAUGCAAGGACGAAGACGCUGGGCGAAGAGCAUCCCGACACCCUCCGCUCGACUACACUAUCGUAUCCUAAAACAAAUCUUGGCUAUCCCUUGCAACCUCCAAUGACCUUGUCGGACGCUUUAGAGUCUCGCGACAUCCGUGCUGUUCAACACUUAUUAAUGAUAGACUUCGAAACUGCAGCAACUUCAGAAUUUACUUGGCUACACGAGCUCAACGAAGCAGGAUACACUGUGCGCGAGAUUGCAGAGCUACUCUUGGAGGACAUUAACGACUCUCCAUGGAUUCAUUUCACUCCCCAAGAGCAUACGAAAUUCCCUGUUCGGAUCAAAUUUCAUCUUCCUAAUUGCGCACACCAGAUAAGCCUCAAUACAAAGCAGCCAUCAAUUCUGCAGUCGGAAAAAUCGCUCUCGUUUUCUCCUCCCCUUCAUAGUGAUGUACGUAGACUAGUGGAAGAGCUUUGUGGCGUUGGAGGCGUGGCGCCCUCUUCGAAAGACGUGCGUACUUGGCAUGGUAACGUAACCUUUGAGGAGCAGUCCUCUGUUUCAGUAAUCACAUAUGCUGCUGAUUCAGCUGUCACUCAGCAGUCACGCACGGAUUUAUUGGGCACGAUAUCGACCGUACUCACCAAUUUUCUGAAUGCAGCAGCUGCUGUUCAACACGCUGGUCUAUGUUGCGACUCCUUCACAUUUCUUUUGCGCAAGCAAAGUGAUCUGGAAUUACAUCGCGUUGAUUUCCACCACGCGCUAACGAUGUCAUCCAAUGUCAACGUUGUAAUACAAAACGAUAGCACAGGCGUUGCGGUGCAAGAAUGUGUAGAGCAGGCAGAAUACAUCCUAAGAGCACUCGGAACGCCGAUUCCUAAUUUGAUACCUAAUGCUGACCUUCAUUAUUGCGCUUUAGCUGCCCAAUUUUUAUGCUCCGCCUUUUUGUCCUACAUCCAGGCCCAUAUUGGAUCAAUCGAUCCAUUUUUUCUAGACGAACCUCAGCGGAAGAUGAUUCUCCUUGGAAGUCAGCGUGUACCUGGAGCUUUCGCCAUUAAGGCUGAGCUUGUUGAGCUUACAUGUCUUGCAGAGAUGAUCCAGCAGCCGGUUCUUGCAUUUUCUUUGGUACCGACAAAUUGGGAAAGGGGCCUAGAGAGUGCAACUUCUCGACAUGAUGUCCUGACCAACAUAGCGAAUUGUUUGGAUACAUGGGGUCCAGGAUACUGCAUCUAUGAUAACGCACAUCCUAGCAAUAUAUACGCUGUCGCUCUAGGUAGUGGAUUCGUCUCUUUGGUUGAUAGCAAAACCUCACGCUUCCACUGGGCGAAAGGGCAACUAUCGGAAAGUGCAGCGUCGGCCGCUUUCGAUAUAAAAACAAUGAUGAGGAUAGGUAUAGGUCUCAGUAUCAAUAAGAAUUGCUGCAUAGAUGAAGCUGUGUACAGAAAAAGCUCAUUUUCUGCCUUGGAGCCACUAGGCACUCAUGGACAUUUUUGGGAGAUUCAAGAAAGAGAAGCUGGUUUGCAUGGUGGGCAGUACCUUAUUGGCACCUACAGUCAAACUUGGGGAAAGAUCCCCGGGACCACACUCAAGCAACAAACCCUUCGACAGGCUAAUUUUCGCUUGAUUCCCUUCCUCGAGCAAAGCUGGGGGCUGCAAGUCAGCUUUUGCACAAGCGUCGCUCGCCGAGUGUCUCUCCGGGAGCUCGUCACCGACCUUCUCCCUUAUUUUGUCAAUCCACUCGAGCAGGAAAGUUGGCAAGAGCUUGUGAAUCGCCAUGACAUCUUUCACGCCUUUAUACACGGAAACCUUGUCAACUGGCUCCGCAACCUUUCGGACGUACUUCAACUCUACGUGCUCACCCUUGUCCGCACUAUCCUCGAGCAGCUCCAGCACACUGGCCUUGAUCGUGAUAGAACCACAUUAGUAAUCGCCUGGCCGCAGGAAGGCGAUAUCGGAAGGGGUCUCAAAAUCCCUUGCAAAGCCGAGACCCAUUGGGCACAGGUUAUAGCUGAUGCGGAAGACUGUGCGACGUUUGCAUACGUAACCUCGAGGUGUCUUGAAACGAAUCACAUCAAGUGUCAAGGGAAUCUGCGGGCGUGGCGGAAUACAAGUAAGAUGCUGGUCACAGAGAUGAGCCCGAGUGGACUUGAGGGACAACCUCUUGCUGCCACCAACGCUACCAUCACUACUACUUCCGCUCUUCCAGUAGAAACAACAACGGCUGGGCCGACGACUCAGUGGAAGCUAGAAGACCAAAAAGUAUAUUACAUCAAGAAACUCGACUCACUACUGCGAGUCAAAGUCGAAAGACCGAAUUCGGCAAGUAGCGACGUGACGCACUUGGUGGUGUCGGUAAGUGGUAUUCCGCAAGGACUAUGGAAGCGGUGGCUAUUGAGAGAGGAGGAGAGAAGGAGUCGUCGUAUCAGAGAGAGACAGGCAAUAGGGGAUUACGCGGAGAUUGUUGUUGUUAGGACGGGUCUAAUCGAGGCGCAACGGCGAUGA